GCCUGCGCUUGCGCAGUCGUGGCAGCGUCGGAAAGAUGGCGGAGCCGGAGGAAAGAAGAAAGAUCCCCUUGGUCCCGGAGAAUCUCCUGAAAAAGAGGAAGGCGUAUCAGGCCCUCAAGGCCACCCAGGCGAAGAAGGCGCUCCUGGAAAAGAGAGAGCGGAGAAAAGGAAAAGAGCCCCCAUUUAAGCGACUUGAAUGGUUCCUGCAAGAUGCCUGGCGGGAGAAGCGUGACCGGGUGCGCCUCAGAAGACUGGAAGUGAAACCUCACGGCUUGGAAGCACCAGAUAACCAUUCCUUGGCCUUCGUUGUACGCAUCGAAAGGGUUCAGGGGGUGAGUCCGCAGGUGCGGCAGACCAUUUCGAGGCUGCGCUUGAAGAAGAUUUUCAGUGGCGUCUUUGUCAACGUGACUCCUCACACCAUCAGGAUGCUUCGUACGGUGGACCCAUACGUGACCUGGGGGUUCCCAAAUCUAAAGUCCGUCCGGGAACUCAUCCUGAAACGUGGACAAGCCAAGGUCAACAACAAGGUCAUCCCACUGACAGACAACACGGUGAUAGAGGAGCAUCUGGGGAAAUUCGAUGUCAUUUGCCUAGAAGACCUCAUUCAUGAGAUUGCCUUCCCGGGGAAGCAUUUCCAGGCCAUCUCCGCGUUCUUGUGCCCUUUCCAGCUCUCGGUGGCCCGUCACGCCACCAAGAAUAGAGUGGGUUUCCUCAAGGAGAUGGGCUCGCCCGGCUACCGAGGGGAGCAGAUCAACCAGCUCAUCCGGCAGUUCAACUAACGCAGAACAGCUGAAAGCACAGUGCAGUGACAGCUUGUGUCACUGCCUUUCGGAACUCUCACCUGCUGCCCUUAAAGACAAUUUCCUGCAGCUGGAGCUGGAGAGGCAGGGAGCGAUCCAGGGGAAGAUGGGACGUUGCUGUAUGUGUCUCCUCACAGCGCCGGUUCUCAGGGCCCCUGGGUCUUUGCUCUGACUACUGCUGCCGUGUCCGUGAGCAAAAGGCAGUGUGCAGGCCAUCUGGCCCCGCUCAGGAUGCGCCUUCUUCCCCCACCAAAAGCUGCAGCCUUCUCAGACAGAGACUGUUCUUGGCAAAGGGUAUCUGAACCUCCAGACAAGCUCACAGUGAACAGAAGACUCACGUCGUGGGGAGAUUUCUGCUCUGGACAUUUCUGUGCCAGGGCUCCCUGUUGGACAGUGACUCCACAGUCACGCACAGAGAGCAGGGGACCGAGGCCGGGGCUUCUCUGAACCUGGGUGUUUCUGGGGCCUUGGGAAGAAUUUUUAAAUAAAAGCACAGAACUGUA